AUGGGUGGGCCGGCCCUGGUGCCAUCCCCUGGACUGGUUAUAAGUAAGGAGUCAGGGAGCUGCCUCCGCCAUACACAGCUCAUCACCAUGACAACCGUGACACUGCAUUCCAUUACUCUGCUCCUGAUUUUUUCACUAGUCCUGGCACAGUGCAGAAAGAAACCCAAAGGCUACCCAUGUCCACCACAUUCUCAGCCUUGGCAGGCUGCCAUCUACAAAUACUCCCGUUUCUACUGUGGAGCAACCCUUCUCAACCAAAGAUGGGUCCUUACCGCUGCUCACUGCAACAAUGGACGCAUCCAUGUCCGGCUUGGAGAUGAAAAUCUGAACGUCCUGGAGGGCACAGAACAGUUCUUGGCAGUGGCGAAAACAAUCGUCCACCCCAAGUACAACCAGUCGUGCUAUGACAAUGACGUCAUGCUGGUCAAGCUGUCGAGCCCAGCUGUAUUUAACCAUUAUGUGCAGCCCAUAAGUCUGGCUACCCAGAGGGCAACCUCUGGGGAUAUGUGCAUGGUGUCAGGAUGGGGCGGUCCUAUCAAUUUCCCAGAGCGAAUUCCUCUGGUCCUUUAUUGUGCAAAUGUCAGGAUAAUGUAUUGGGAAGAGUGUGCUGCUCUGUAUCCUGGGAAGCUGAACUCCGAUAUGAUUUGUGCUGCUGCAAUCGAAGGAGGCACUGACUCCUGUGAAGGUGACUCCGGGGGACCCCUCGUCUGCAACGGGAAGCUCCAGGGUCUGGUGUCUUGGGGUGACGUGCCCUGCGUCUCCAGCACCAAACCCGGGGUCUACAUGGACGUUUUCAGAUACAGAGACUGGAUCGUUGAGACAAUGUGUGAUGACAACUGA